AUGAUCAGGUCAUUCCUCCGAGGACGCACACUUAUCAGUGCCAUCCUUGCGAUUAUAUGGGUAUUCGCGCUAAUUACUCUAUGGCGCACAUACCACAAUGAUAGCACUAUCGAGUCCUCUCAACCCCCCAUUUCAAUCCAAGCUUCAAAUUCCCACGACCUAAGUGUCGCGCACCAGCGCUUUUGGUUGAAAUUCCAUGGCCACCUUGAAAGACAUGCACCGGGUACUAGGCCGGUGAUUGAGGAUGAAAAAGCGCCAACAGAGGGAUUCCAGGCGAAGAAUGCCCCGCCACGUCCGGAAUUCGUCAAAGUCGACAAAGAGGAUGUCGAGACCAUGAAAGAAGCGCAUACCGGAUUCGUACGGGCUAUUACAACCUCGCCGCCUGAGCUGGAGUAUAUCCCAGGUACAAAGGGCAUUGUAUCAACGGCCGGAGGCUCAUACCUACCGGUAGUUGUUAUCUCUCUCCGAAUGCUGCGCCGGACAGGAUCAACGCUACCAAUGGAGAUCUUCCUAGCCGACAAUUCAGAAUACGAAGAGUACAUCUGCGAUACUGUCCUCCCAUCUCUAAACGCACGGUGUAUAAUUCUUUCAGAAAUCCUCCUCGCCGCCCCUGCAACCAUAAAAACAUACCAAUUCAAGCCCCUUGCCAUGCUAUUCUCUUCCUUCGAGGAAAUCCUCUUCCUAGACGCAGAUGCAUUUCCACUUAAAAAGCCCGAAAUCCUCUUCAACAGCGAACCCUUCCGCACAAACCAUAUGGUCACCUGGCCUGAUUUCUGGGGUUCUUCCGCAUCCCCACUGUUCUACCAGAUUGCAGGGAUUUCAUCUCCAGCCAUGACGUUACGACAAUCAACGGAAUCAGGCGAAGUGCUUCUCUCCAAAAAGACACACAUGCGCACCUUGUUCUUGUGCACAUAUUACAACUACUGGGGACCAACGCAUUACUACCCCCUCCUGUCACAGGGCGCAGCCGGAGAAGGCGAUAAAGAAACCUUCGUCGCAGCAGCAUCUGCAAUGAACGAUCCGUUCUACCAAGUUAGCGAAUCCAUUUGCGCACUCGGUCACCGCAAAGACGAGGGUGGUUUUGCAGGCUCGGCAAUGGCACAGUUCAAUCCUAUCCAAGACUACGAACUGACCAGUCAAGGUAAAUGGCGUGUUCGUGGAGACCAGGCGCCUACCCCGGAUGUGUUUUUUAUUCAUGCCAAUUUCCCUAAAUUUAAUCCUGCUACUGUUUUUGAGCCACACGAGGUCAACCCUGCUUUCAAGGAUGAUGGUACGCCUACCCGUGCAUGGACGAUUCCUGAGGAUAUUGUGGAUCAGUUCAAUGCCAAGGUUGAUGUUGAGAAGGCAUUUUGGGAAGAGAUUCUUUGGACGGCAUGUGAGCUUGAAGAUAAAUUCGAUACUUGGGAAGAUCGGACAGACGUCUGUGCUGGUGUUAAAGACUAUUGGCGAAGCAUUUAUGGAGAGGACAUGCCCUCUGUUAAGGGUACGGAUAGCUAUUGA